AUUUCCGGUGGGGAUGGAGGAAGUUGAUCGGAUUCUGCUCAACUCCCUGAGACAGAGCGGCGCGGACAUCGCGGAGGAUGUGGAGAGCGUGCGACAGCUAACAACUGAGCUGAUUGUGGAGUGCGUGGUCCGCUGCUUGCGUAUCCUCAACCCGGCCCUUGGGAAUGGCGUCAGCCACUUGCUUCCACCGGGAAUGUCGGCUCGGUUCCGGAUCGGAAUGUGCCUUGCCCAGGCCUGUCAGGAGCUGGGUUACCAGGGUGAGAUUGGGUACCAGACUUUCCUCUACAGCAAUGAGCCGGAGAUCAGGCGUCUCCUCAUGUUUCUGGUGGAAAAGCUUCCUCGAGACAGUGCAGACACAGCAGACCAGCCUGCAGAGAAAUCAGUUCUCCUUCAGAGAUUGAUUGCCACUAAGAUCAAGCAGCAACUGGCCAGCGCUUGGCUACCGCCUGCUCUCCGCACCACGUCUCUGCUCAACACUCAGAAUUCCUGCCUGAUGAACAAGUUCCACUCUCAGGCGCUCAGCUUGGUGGGCAGCACAGAGGGACACGUCCCGAGAGAGCUGUGGGAAUACUGGGAACAGCACCAGCCGCCGGUGACAGCUCAGGCCUGGGACCAGGCCUGUGUCGCAGCCUCUGUGCUGGAGCGAGCGACAGCUGACCUCAGCGCCGUGCAGGAGUGGGAAGCAGAGUGGAACAGCCAGGGCUUGGUCUCUCGACUCUCCCCUGAGGAAUACAAAGCCAGGAAAAGGCAGCGUUUACAAAGCAGGAUACAGGAAUAUUUAAAACAAAGCAGCCAGCGGUCAGAGGUCAGGGCAGGUCUCGCUGGGACCCCUGCCCCCGACCUGACAGAUCCCCGCCCAGACCACAGGUGUCUCCGAGCUAAACACUCUCGUUUCAUCCACACUGAAAAAUUCACUUUCACACAGGAAGCUGAUAAAGAUGUGAGUCAGUCACUGGCGUCCAUCAGCGGCCGAACCUCAUCGAAGGAUUCACAGGAGGAUGUUCAGGCAGAACAGCAGAAGGAAGUGAGGGAGCUGGAGAAACAGCUUAAGAGUUUGGGGGAACAAAUCCAGGAUGUGAGAACAGCCAUGGAAACCCAGACCCUCACUGUGAACCAGGCGGAGGAGGAGACAAGGGACCGGGAGCUGAGUGCAGAGGAGAAGCAGCAGCUACUACACAUCAGGAAGCGAGCGCUGGACUUGCUGCCUGACGCAGAGGGCAACCUAAGCAAACUGCAGGCUGUGAUGGAGGCCAGUGCCCAGCGGCUGGUGAGUUUGGCUGGUCAAUGGGAGAAGCACCGAGUCCCGCUCAUCGCGGAGCACAGGAGGCUGAAACAACAGCUGGACAGCCACGAGCUGGAGUCCUCGCGACGACUGAUGGAGAUUAAAGAAUUUCAUGAGAAAAUUAAAACGUCAGCAGAGGAGGCGAAGAGAAAAGAGAACGUUCAUCGUCAGCUCGUGCUGGAGUUGGAGCAUUUGUCGCGUGGGGUGGGUCGAGCAGCGUACACUCAGCGCAUCCUGGAGAUUGUCAGUAACAUCAGCAAACAGAAAGAGGAAAUCACCAAGAUCCUGUCAGACACGAAGGAACUACAGAAGGAGAUUAACAGCCUGACGGGCAAGCUGGACAGGACCUUCGCUGUCACAGACGAGCUGCUCUUUAAGGAUGCAAAACGUGAUGAAGCCGUGCGGAAAGCUUAUAAAUACCUCGCAGCUCUGCACGAGAACUGCAGUCAGCUGAUCGAGACCAUUGAGGACACAGGCACCAUCCUCAGGGAAGUCCGCGAUUUGGAGGAACUGAUUGACUUGGAGACGGGAAAGAAGACUUUAAUUAACUUGGAGAAGAUCUUGGAGGAUCACAGAGCAAUCAGACAGGAGAACGCUGGCCUGGCUGGUAGGCUGAGAGAGGCCUGAACCCAACCACAGCCAGAUACACACAGGGCCAGAGAGAGAGAGAGACGGACGGAGAGAGAGAAGCACAUAUACACAGUGACAACUACACGGGGGGGCUUACAGGAAGAGAAGAGAACGAAAGAGAUGGGACCACAGAUACACACAGGGAGACAGAAAACAAUACUAAAACCCAAAUAUUUUGCGAGGCUCCAAGACUGAGAUUUUUGUACGAUGGCUGUCAUGGAGAAGCGCUCAGUCUGCGAUUCAAACUCCCAGGGAUUCUCUCUUCUGGACCAGAAGUGGGAAAAUGAUGGGAUCAGUGAUCAAUAAUUGUAAUAAAACUUAUAUCAAACACC